AUGGAUGAUUUGAUGCAAAAAUCAUUGAAACCCCCCAAUUUUUUAGCUGUAUUUAUUAACAGUACAAGUGAAGGAAUCGAUAGAAUUAGCUAUUUGCCUGAUGAUAUAUUGCACAAUAUACUUUCAUAUCUCUACAUCUUCGAUGUUGUUCAGCUAAGCAUUUUGUCGAAAAGAUGGAACUAUAUAUGGAGGACAAUGCCUUACUUGAAUUUUGAUAUUAAUAGCUUUGGUUGUGAACGGAUUAAUAGGCCUUGGGAUUUGGGUAUGGCUGAGAAAUUCAAAGAUUUUAUCAAUUGGGUGUUUAUUAACCAAUGUGAGGAUACCCUUGUUUGUUUUAAGCUUUGUUGUGGGGAUAUUUUUGGUAAAGGGGCUAUUUUUCGAUGGGUUCGUGUUGUGACAACUCGAAAUGUUCAAGAACUUGUGUUAAAUUUUUGUCCUGCUGGGCCAUUUGAGUUGCCAUAUUGUGUUGUGACUUGUGAAUCUUUGCGACUUAAAUUUCUUCAUCUUGAAGAAGUUGAGUUAUCAAACGAGCAUUUGACGAGUUGCUUGUUCUCAAGACUAGAAAAACUGAAAUUGGAUUGUUGCAAUUUUGGAAGUAUGACUAUGGUUGAUAUUGCUUCGACGUCUCUGGUUUAUGUGUCUAUAAAGAACUUUGUGGACAACAGAGUAAGUUUCGUCAAUUGUAACAUCAAAAUUUCUUGCCCGAAUCUCAAGGUCUUGAAAUAUGGUGCUCCAUUGGCAAAGGAUAUAAUUCUAGAGAAUCUCUUCUCUAUAGAAGUUGUUCACCUCUUCUUUUUUGAUUCAGAUGAUGUAAUGGAAGAAAUUGUGGCAAUUGAUGAAUCUUGCAUGGAAGUCAUGAUGCUAUUGCUCAAGCAUUCUCCUAAUUUGGAGGUUCUGGAUUUGUUUUCUGAUGAGAAUUAUGGUUGGGAUGAAAACUGGAAGUUGCAUGAUCCUAGUGAAAGCGUUGUGUGCUUGGAGUCUCAUCUAAAGUUGAUACAGUUGGCUGGUUUCAAAAAUGAAGAAAAAGAGAUAGAGCUACUAAGGUUUUUCCUUAAGAAUGCACAAGUAUUAGAAAAACUGAUAGUUGUUUGGGAAUGCUAUAAUGACAUAUUAGAAGAGGUAUCCGAUGAGGUCUCGAAGUUUCCUAGAGCCUCUUCGCAUGUUGUUGUGUCAUUUCUUAAUUUCAAACCCAAAUCAAGAUCUCGUUACCGGGACAAUUUUGUUUAA